AGGAGGCCUAUGGCCUUUGUAAAUGAAAAGGUGCCCCCGUGCUGGCAGGCUCCAGGGGGCCUGUGGUUUUACAUCUGCUGGGUGGGCUGUGUGGGGGAGUGCUGAUGGAACACAGCUUAGGGACAGACUGCUUUCUGAAUUGGAGUAACUUCAUGGCUUCCCCUUCUCCCCCAUGAAAGUCCUGAACUGCUCUGAAGCCCCUCCCUCCAUCCCACUGGUCCGGGGUGGGGUAGUUGAGGCCAAGGGGAGCUGAAGGGGUGUAACCGGAUAUGGACUUUGGUUAUUGGGAACUUGGGCAAACAGAAGGAGGAGGAAGGAGAGCCCACAGAGCAAAAACAGCUACUGUGGCCAGGGCUAGGCUGCGGCCAAGGUAGGAAGGCGGAGGGGAUGGGUGACCGGGUCCUUGGCUUGGGGGAGGGACUUGUCCUGGGGUGCACACACCCAUCCCUGUGCAGCCCAGAGGGUCAGCGGCUUGGGAGAAAACCAGACCUUUCCAUUGACCUCUGAUUGUCGGCCUGGGGCUACUCCGGACGAACAGGAGGGGGUGCGCUACCUUAUCGGGGGCGUGCAGGCGGGUGGUAACCUUCCCUUAACCACCCCUCUCUCCCCCCACGAUUCUAGGGCCGGAGGUGCCGCCGUCACGUUUCCUCUCCCAACCCCAGCAUCGUGCCUCCCCAGCUACCCCGCCCCCCGACAGUUUUGCUCACUCUUAGUUGCUGGAGGACAGCACGGCCGCCUCGCACCCCGGUCGACUUCGGAAUGAGCCUCCGGGCGGUGUAACCGGGAGGCGAGGGAGAGGAGUGCCUGCGGCCGUGGGCGGGGCUGCCGGGUGAGGGGCUGCGCACCCGAUUCCGCGCGGCUGGCCGCUCCGAGGGGGCCGCCCUGGGGGAUUAAGCGGGGGCCGGGGGCGGGGCUGCAGGACGGUCGAGCCGGACUGGGGCCCCCUGUAGUCAUCCCGAGCGCUGCGCACCCAGCAGUCCGCCUGUCAGACCGCCCUCCUCUCCAGCCGCCCGGCUUGCUGCCCUGCGGCGCCGGCCCUUCCUCAUGCUGGCACCCCCGGCCUCCGAGACUGCGGUCCCCAUGUCCCAGGCGGAGGCCGACCUGGCCCUGCGGCCCCCGCCGCCUCUCGCUGCCGCGGGGCCGCCCCGCCUCGGCCCCUCCUCGCCGGCGCGCCGCUUCUCCGGGAAGGCUGAGACCCGGCCGCGCUCUUCCCGUCUCAGCCGCCGCAGCUCAGUCGACUUGGGGCUGCUGAGCUCUUGGUCCCGGCCAGCCUCACCCGCUCCGGAGCCCCCUGAGCCUCCGGACUCCGCUGAACCCGACCCCGCGAAAAGCCCACCGCCUAGCUGCCCAGAACCCCCCGAGGGCACGUGGACCGGGGGAGCCUCCGCGAAGGCUGCAGACUCAGCGCGUCCAGAGCUAGCAGUCUCGGCAGGAGGCCCGGGGUCCCGGGAACCGCCGAGGGUCCCCGAAGCCGCGGCUCGGGAGCGGCAGAGGGAGCAGGAGGAAAAGGAAGACACGGAGACCCAGGCAGUGGCAACGUCCCCGGACGGCCGAUACCUCAAGUUUGACAUCGAGAUCGGACGUGGCUCGUUCAAGACGGUGUAUCGAGGGCUGGACACCGACACCACGGUGGAGGUGGCCUGGUGUGAGCUGCAGACUCGGAAACUCUCUCGAACGGAGCGGCAGCGAUUCUCUGAGGAAGUGGAGAUGCUCAAGGGGCUGCAACAUCCCAACAUCGUCCGCUUCUACGAUUCGUGGAAGUCGGUGCUGAAGGGCCAGGUUUGCAUCGUACUGGUCACCGAACUCAUGACCUCCGGCACGCUCAAGACAUACCUGAGGCGGUUCCGUGAGAUGAAGCCCAGAGUUCUUCAGCGCUGGAGCCGCCAGAUCCUUCGGGGGCUUCAUUUCCUACACACCCGGGUACCCCCCAUUCUGCACCGGGAUCUCAAGUGCGACAACGUCUUUAUCACUGGCCCUUCAGGGUCGGUCAAGAUCGGGGACCUGGGCCUGGCCACGCUCAAGCGCGCCUCCUUUGCCAAGAGCGUGAUAGGGACCCCGGAGUUCAUGGCCCCGGAGAUGUACGAGGAAAAGUACGAUGAGGCGGUGGACGUGUACGCGUUUGGCAUGUGCAUGCUGGAGAUGGCUACCUCAGAGUACCCUUACUCCGAGUGCCAGAAUGCCGCACAAAUCUACCGCAAAGUCACUUCGGGCACAAAGCCGAACAGCUUCUAUAAGGUGAAGAUGCCUGAGGUGAAGGAGAUCAUUGAAGGCUGCAUCCGCACAGAUAAGAACGAGAGGUUCACCAUCCAGGACCUCCUGGCUCACGCCUUCUUCCGCGAGGAGCGCGGCGUGCACGUGGAGCUGGCGGAGGAGGACGACGGCGAGAAGCCCGGCCUCAAGCUCUGGCUGCGCAUGGAGGACGCGCGGCGCGGGGGGCGCCCGCGGGACAACCAGGCCAUAGAGUUCCUGUUCCAACUGGGCCGGGACGCGGCAGAGGAGGUGGCGCAGGAGAUGGUGGCCCUGGGUCUAGUCUGUGAAGCUGACUACCAGCCAGUGGCCCGCGCAGUACGUGAACGAGUUGCUGCCAUCCAGCGGAAGCGUGAGAAGCUGCGCAAAGCUAGGGAGUUGGAAGCCCUCCCCCCUGCACCAGGACCCCCACCAGCAGCUGUCCCCAAGACUCCUGGUCCCCCCAGUGUCUUCCCCCCUGAGCCUGAGGAGCCAGAGGCAGACCAGCACCAGUCUUUCCUCUUCCGCCAUGCCAGCUACUCAUCUACCACCUCGGAUUGCGAGACUGAUGGCUACCUCAGCUCCUCCGGCUUCCUGGAUGCCUCAGACCCUGCCUUUCAGCCCCCUGGGGGGGUGCCAUCCAGCCCCGCUGAGUCCCAUCUCUGCCUGCCCUCGGCUUUUGCCCUGUCCAUUCCACGUUCUGGCCCUGGCAGUGACUUUUCCCCAGGAGACAGCUAUGCCUCAGAUGCAGCAUCAGGUCUUAGUGAUGUGGGUGAAGGGAUGGGACGCAUGAGGAGACCCCCAGGGAGAAAUCUCCGGCGUAGACCCCGAUCCCGGCUUCGGGUCACUAGUGUCUCAGACCAGAAUGACAGAGUGGUUGAGUGCCAGCUACAGACGCACAACAGCAAGAUGGUGACCUUCCGAUUUGAUCUGGAUGGCGACAGCCCGGAAGAGAUUGCGGCUGCCAUGGUGUAUAAUGAGUUCAUUCUGCCCUCGGAGCGAGCCGGAUUCCUGAGCCGCAUUCGGGAGAUCAUCCAGCGAGUGGAGACCCUGUUGAAGAGAGAUACUGGCCCUGUGGAGGCUGCUGAGGACCCCCUGGGCCCCCAGGUGGAGCCAGCACCAUUGCCUGCCCUCUCUGACCCCCUCCCAGACCCAUCCCGUGCAGAGCUCCAGAGCAGCACCUCCCUGGAGCAGAGUUGCUGGGCAGCCUUCUCCACCUCGCCGUCUUCUCCUGGAACCCCCUUGUCUCCUGGAAACCUGUUUUCCCCCGGAACUCCUGUCUCCCCAAGUCCCAUUUUCCCCAUCACUUCUCCCCCAUGUUGCCCCAGUCCUGUCCCAUUCUCCCAAGUCUCUUCAAAUCUCUCUCCACAGACCCUCGGCUCCCCACUGGCAUUCUCCCCCAGUGCUGCCCAGCUCCCUGGCCCUCCCUCUCAGUCUCCGCCGAGUUGCCUUCUCCCUUCUCCACCUGCCUUCUCUCCCAGUUGUUCUCAGGUCACCAUUACUCCUCCUUCCUUUCCCCACUGCCCCUCUGCUUCCUCCCUUCCCUCCACCACAGCAGCCCCUCUCCUCUCUCUGGCUAGUGCCUUCUCACUGGCUGUGAUGACCGUGGCCCAGUCCCUGCUGUCUCCCUCACCUGGGCUCCUGUCCCAGGCUCCUCCAGCCACUCCUGCUCCCCUCCCUAGCUUGCCCCUGCCCCCUCCCCCUGCUCCUUGUGGCCAGGAUAGGCCUUCACCCCCAACAGCUGAGACCGAGAGUGAGGUCCCACCGAAUCCUGCUCGGCCACUCCUGGGCGAAGCCAGACUAGCGCCCAUCUCUGAAGAGGGAAAGCCACAGCUUGUGGGGCGUUUCCAAGUGACUUCAUCCAAGGAACCAGCUGAGCCUCUACCCCUGCAACCAACAUUCCCAACUGUCUCCAGUUCCCUGAAGCCUCCAACCCCUCAGCUGACCUCGGAGAGCUCAGACACAGAGGAUAGUGCUGGAGGCGGGCCAGAGGCCAGGGAGGCUCUAGCCGAAAGUGACCGUGCAGCUGAAGGCCUAGUGGCUGGAGCUGAGGAGGAAGGGGACGAUGGGAAGGAAACCCGAGGUGGGGGCAGCCCCCCACCCCAGAGCCAUCCCAGCCCAGUGUGGAUGAACUACUCCUACAGCAGCCUGUGUCUGAGCAGUGAGGAGUCAGAGAGCAGCGGGGAGGAUGAGGAAUUCUGGGCUCAGCUUCAGAGUCUUCGGCAGAAGCACUUGUCGGAGGUGGAGGCACUACAGACACUACAGAAAAAGGAAAUUGAGGACUUGUACAGCCGGCUUGGGAAGCAGCCCCCGCCGGGUAUCGUGGCCCCAGCUGCUAUGCUGUCCAGCCGCCAGCGCCGCCUCUCCAAGGGCAGUUUCCCCACCUCCCGCCGCAACAGCCUGCAACGCUCUGAGCCCCCGGGCCCUGGCAUCAUGCGAAGGAACUCCCUGAGUGGCAGCAGCACCGGCUCCCAGGAGCAGCGGGCAAGCAAGGGGGUGACAUUCGCCGGGGAUGUUGGCAGGAUGGGCCCAUGAUGGAGUUCGUGCUCUCAGAAUCUGCUGACCAACACAGCUCCGCAAGAAGACCCCAGUACUGAGGAAGUAGAAGGCCAAAGGGGCAUGGAGAGUGCUGCUCCAUUAGAGGGAAGAGCCAAACACAGGGAAUGAUUUACUGUGUAGAAGGUGUCAAUUCUGCAGCCUACCAUCCUCAUUCCUCCACCUCCCCAGCCAAAGGUCAACCACUAAGCAAUUCCACUCAAGCCCUAAUGCUUCUAGAGAGCACACUCCCAGCUGAACAAGUGUAGGGCGUGUACUCACAUAGAAUUGGCAACAAUUAAAAUGGCGAAAACUAGGAA